AUGUCGACUACAUCAGGCCCCUCGUCCUCAGCCACGAUCUCAACCAUUCUCGUUCGUCCAGUCCCACAAGAUCCCACAAAUCAGACCACGAUCCAAACAGUGUACACUCCACACACUAUCUCCCAGAACGAUUCCUCCGGCCUCGAGUGGAUAGCCAGCCCGAUCUCCGCUACUCUGGGUCUUCCGCUGAAGGCUGCCCGCUACCCAGGGGAGAACGGCAAAGUGCCCAACAAGAUUCUCCUCGGCCUCUUCCUUCACACCGACCCGGAGGAUCUCGAGACCUUCGGAAAGAUCAGGUACCGCAAGAUGACGGGUAGUGUGGUGUUGGCUAGGGUUGAUGAGCAGGCGAUGACGAUUCAGGAUGUGGAGCCUUUGCUCACGUACCUCAACUCUGUUUCGGCGGAGUUGUACCAGUACUGCAAGGCCGAAUUCGCCAAUGAGGAUGAGAGAAAGCGGAAAGCAAAGGAGCUCGCGGCCCACCUGCUCACGAGGGAGGCAUAUGAGCGGUGGCGUGCAGGUCGCCAAUAG